UUUAUCGUAAGACUUUCAAGCCUUGCGUUGCUAGCUAGCUGCCGCGCCCUAGCUCCCGCACCGACGUCGACAGUUGUUGCAUUGAAUGACCGGACGGCCGGAUCAAAACUUAGUGCACUUCAUUUUCAUCAUGUUCCGGUAAAUUGAAGUCAUCUGAAAUAAGAGGUGACAACCCCUUGCGCAUUGUGAUUAAGAAAGAGACUUAAAAAGAAGCAAAAAUGGAGUUUGAAGUUUUACAUCGACUGUGCGACAAAAUUGGAAUGCGUUACUGUGAGGCCAAUUUUGUAAUGUGCCAGUGUUUGUCGACGGUCUUCGCGUUCUUCUUCCGUGCCUAUUUUGGACUAGGGAAGGCAUCCGCCACCACCCGCCAUACUGUUCAAGCCGUCUUUGGUCUACUAUUGGUAACGCAGGCUAUAGGAUGGGAGAUCUUUCACCUGUUAACGGUAGCUACAGUAUCUUACCUUAUGAUGAACUUGAUGAGCCCCCGCACCAUGCAGAAGUACGUUGCAGGGUUCGCUAUAGCCUACCUGGGGUCCAUCCACAUCUGGCUUAUGAUCAUAGGCAAAGGCGUCAACAACUUUGAUUGUGUAGGACCCCUAAUGGUUGUCACAGAGAAAGUCGGAUGCCUUGCUUGGUCGCUGCAUGAUGGUAUAUCGAGAAAAGAGUCGGACCUGAACACGUUACAGAAGAAAAUGGUCGUCAGGCGUAUACCGAGUAUAGUAGAGUACCUGAGCUUCAUGUUCUACCCUCAGGGCGUCCUCAUUGGUCCCAUUGUCUACUAUGCCAACUACAGUGUCUUUAUAGAGGGGACUCAGCACAAGGUGCUAGAGGUCAAUUCAGAGGGGAAGGAGGUGAUUGUAUACCGAGAACCGUCCGCCGCCAUGGCAAUCACCAAAAAAUUAAUCUUUACAAUACUGUGUGCACUGGUAUUGCAACUGCUAGUUCCCAAGUACCCAAUCAUGGGCAAUAUCGAUGAUCAUCACUUGGCCAAUAGUUCUUUCUGGUAUAGGAUGUUCUAUUUGAUGCUCUCAGUGGAAUUUGCCAAGUCCAAGUACUUUUUUGGAUGGACGUGGGCUGAUGCCGUUCACAAUGCUGCAGGUAUGGGAUUCAAUGGUUACGAUGAGAGGGGAGACCCCAAAUGGGAUGGCGCCAGCAACGUCAAUAUCUGGAAUUUUCAAUUCCCCGUUAAUGCGAAAACCUUGUUGGACAGUUGGAACCGAAGUACCCUCGUGUGGCUGCGACACACUUGCUAUGACCGGGUGACCUUUCAACCUGCCCUCAUGACUUUCUUGCUCUCGUCACUAUGGCAUGGAUUCUUCCCAGGGCUUUUUGUAACUUUCAUCUCGGCUCAUCUUGUCUUAAUAAGUUCCAAGAAGAUUCGAGCAAACAUCAGACCUAUUUUCCAGGGGUCAGCCCAGAGUAGGGCGUUUUAUGAUGUCUUAACUUGGGCAGCAACCUAUGUAACUCUCUGCUACGUCGUCACGCCUUUCACCUACUUACGCCUUGAUCUAUCCAUCAAGUUUUUCAAUUCUCAGUUCUGGUGGCUCCACAUCGUAGCUGCGAUCGUCUUCCUGGUCCUACCUGCACGCAAGAGGUUCACGACCACCGAGACCAACGGCAACGAGACCAGUACCAAAGAGAAAUUGAAUGGUACCGCUGAGAAUGGAACCACUGAGAAUGGAACCACUGAGAAUGGUACCGCUGAGAAUGGUUCAUCUGUCCAUGUCAUAGGUCAAGGAGAGGUCAUUAGAGAAGAGGUCAAAAAGGACUUGUAGAAAACUCAGUAUGUAUGGUGUGUAGUGGUAGUGAAUAUAUUUUGGGAAGAUACUUUUCUUAUUUUUAUGGUGGAUUGCAGAACGGUUUUGAAGAUCUUGCCUGUGUUUUAAUUUUUUUUUAUUUGAAGGAAAAAAAGGAAAUGUCCUUUUAACUUGGGAGGCUUUCACUUCAAAAGAACGUCCCUACUGUUGAACCUCGAUACAAGUUCAAUAUGCUGGUCCUAACUCUUUUUAUUCCUU